AGCCGGGCCGCGGUGAGUCACCGGCCUGCGGCUGCGAGGGGGCGGAGGCGGGACUGCUCUCCAGCCGCCCGGGCCCUCGGAAUAAAACCGAGGGGGCGAAGAAAGCCGCAGCCUUGGCCUCAAGGAGAAAAGUGCUUAGAAUCAAAAGCAACGAGUUAAAUGUGUUCUUCAGUGAAACUAACAGCAGGAAAAAAACCCCAAACCCUUCAGCACAGUUUUUAAUUCAGUGCAUACUCUCAAAAAAUGAAGGAAAGCUGGUCUUCCUUUGACACUUUUGAGCCUAACUUCAGGCCUUUGGUAGUAAUUGAGCUUGCAAAAGGCACCAAAGAGGAAACCAGGGAAUGGCUCACUAAAAGAAUUGUGGACAAAAAGGCAAAUGGAGGUGCACAACUGCUGGUUAAACCGUUGGCCACAGAAAAUGAAGACCAAAAUAUUUAUCUAGUUGGAGCUUCCCACUUACGGCUGUUGCUGGGAGCUGAAACUGUGGGUUUGGUGAAGGAAUGUAAUGAUAACUCAAUGAGAACUUUUACAUACAGUAGUAGAAAAACUUUUAAAAAUUUUGCAGAUGACAAUCACAAUUUCCUUACAAUGGCAGAAUGUCAAUAUAUCAUCAAACAUGAACUUGAAAAUUUGAGAGCUAAAGAUGAAAAAAUCAUCCCUGGAUAUCCUCAGGCAAGGCUAUAUCCAGGAAAAUCGAUUGUGAGAAGAUUAUUGACUAGUGGUAUCCUAGUUCAGAUAUUUCCACUGCAUGACCGAGAAGAGUUGAAAAAGCUCCGGCAUACCUGGUAUGGUCGAGUCAAAAUUGGCUAUCAACCUUUAGAUGAAAUACGCUGCUACUUUGGUGAAACCAUUGCUCUCUACUUUGGCUUCUUAGAAUACUUCACAUUUGCUUUGAUUCCGAUGGCUGUCAUUGGGAUUCCUUAUUAUGUAUUUGCAUGGGAAGACUACGAUAAAUACGUGAUGUUUGCUGCAUUCAAUCUACUCUGGUCCACUGUGAUCCUGGAAGUUUGGAAGCGGUUUUGUGCUAUGUUGACGUACCGUUGGGGGACCCUAUUAAUGAAGCGGCAGUUUGAAGAACCAAGACCAGGAUUCCAUGGUGUUCUGGGUAUUAAUCCUGUCACUGGGAGGGAAGAACCAGUGUACUCCAGUAUUAGAAGACAGAUACGGAUUUAUCUGGUAUCCUUGCCGUUUGUGUGCCUUUGCCUCUACUUCUCACUGUAUGUGAUGAUGAUUUACUUCGACUUAGAACAGUGGGCUCUGGAUUAUCAUAAGGAGAAUGAAUCUAACUUCAGCAGUUUGAUGCUGUUUGUGCCCAGCAUCAUAUACGCUAUUGUGAUUGAAAUUAUGAACCGUAUCUAUCGGUAUGCUGCUGAAUUUUUAACGUCAUGGGAAAAUCACAGGCUGGAAUCUUCAUAUCAGAAUCACUUAAUUCUGAAGGUUUUAGUAUUCAACUUCUUAAAUUGUUUUGCAUCGCUCUUCUACAUAGCUUUUGUGCUGUUUGACAUGAAGCUUUUGAGACAGAGCUUGGCCACUUUGCUGAUAACUUCACAGAUUCUUAAUCAGUUUGCAGAAGCCUUCCUUCCUUACUGGCUACAAAAGAGGCAUAAGAAGAGGAUGAAGAAAAAAAAUUGUUCUCAGAAAACAGAUAUGGACAUUUCAUUAGCUGAGCAAGUCAAUUUGGAAAAAGAAAUGGGCACUUAUUUUGGUACUUUUGAUGAUUACUUGGAGUUAUUCUUACAGUUUGGCUAUGUGAGUCUCUUCUCAUGUGUUUACCCAUUGGCAGCUGUCUUUGCAGUAUUAAACAACAUCACAGAGAUAUAUUCUGAUGCCUUAAAAAUGUGUAGAGUUUAUAAGCGUCCAUUUGCAGAACCCACAGCAAGUAUAGGUGUUUGGCAGCUGGCUUUUGAAACUAUGAGUGUCAUAUCAGUAGUUACUAACUGCAUACUAAUUGGAAUGUCUCCCCAAGUGAAUGCCCUUUUCCCAGAUUCAAAAAUGGACCUCGUUUUGACUGUGGCAUUGGUAGAGCAUAUGCUACUUGCAAUGAAGUUUGUCAUGGCAUUUGUAAUUCCUGAUAAACCAAGAGAUAUCCAGAUAAAAUUGGCUAGGUUGGAAUUUGAAUCUCUGGAGGCACUCAAGCAACAGCAAAUGAAACUCGCUGCUGAGUCACUGAAGGAGUAAACAGAUGAAGGAAUGAAGAUGACUAGAGCAAUCGCGGGUGAAUGCAUGCACUUCUUGAGCAUUUGUUUAUGAUGAUCUGUAGCUCCGAGCGUGCGCUCUGCCAUGUAUUCAGUAGGUGGCACCUCCUUAUAUAAUACUGGGUAAAUCACUGUUCACUGCUUGAUAUGGUAAAGAAAAGGAUAAUAAGUUCUGCCUUUCUGCCGUCUGAAACUCUUUUUUCACAACUGUUUGUGAGGCAACACCAAAUAACGCCCUCUGUUUUAUGAAAGCUCUAGUUGAAAUCUGCCAGAGUCACCAAUACUUCAAACCAAGUGAUUCAAAACAACUGUUAUGAUGAAGCAUCUAAAAGCUAACUAUAGUUUUGAACUGUAACUUUGUAAAACAAAAAGAAAAAACCCAAGUACAUUAGUACUUAAUUCAUAGUUUACUAUCCCUAUUGCCCCUUUCAUUUAUGCAUUACAAUAUUUAAUCAGUCCUCUAUUUUUUUUCAAAGAUCACUUACUAGCUGCUGUUUACACCUAGCAGAUCAGUGUAAAUGUUUUGUAUAUUAUGUAAUGCAAUGUAUGAUUGUUCCCUGAGGAAUAUUUGAAUACUAAUGCUAUAAAGUAUGCGUUAUACACUCCAGUGUGCUAGGUAUCUAAAUAAAUCCAGUUAAAAUAUUUGCAAAAGCUGGGAAAAAGCAUUCAGUAGGAAACCGAUUGCUGAUCAGUAAUUUAUAAUAAAUAAAUAAAUAAAAUAUAGUUAGCAGUUAUUUGCAUAUUUAUUUUUUGAUUUACAUUAGCUUUUGGUACUCCUGGCUGUUUUGAACUAUGUGGUCUUCUGGUUAAAUGAAUUGACACUAACAGAACAAUUAAACUUGACGCUAUAUACCAGUAACUCGUGUAUAUCAUGAAUGUCUUAUUUGUUUCCUGAAUUUCACAAAAUUUUCCUGAUGUUUUAUUGCUUUCUGAGAUUAUUAAGACCAAAAUUCACUCACUUGCUCUGUGACCUUGAAACAGUUUAUUUUCUCCUGCUAUGACCGUCAUCUUUGGUAGAUCUAACUUAUAUGUGACACUUUCCUACAGACUUUCCCAAACAGAAUUCCAGUAUAAUAAAUGAAGAUAUUUGCCUA